AUGGCAGGGAAGGCGCAGGAUUAUCUCGCGCAAGGACAGUCAGAACUUGCGGAUACCGCCAACACAGCCCAAUCACAUGCUGAAGAUGCUGCUAAGAAGGUCCAAUCAUCGGCCGAGAGGGAUGUAGAUUUGAUUUGGAUGAUUGGAUCCCUCUGGCUCAAUGGCCACGCCAACCGUGAUGAGUCCAACAUCAGUCCAAGCCGAGAAACCCGAACCCAAGAGCUUGCCUUCGAUCCGAGAGUUUUUGUUUUUACUCCUCAGUCGCUUUUGCCCUUGCCAUCGCCUUCCCAACCUGGGCCUUGUCUCUCAACCUGGCCGGCGUCGCCGGUAUCACCGGCCGAUCAUACAGCCAAGACACUCAGAAUAUCAUCAACUGGGCUCUAG